UAUACAUACAAAAAGAAACCAAUAUUUUCACAAGUUCUCUAUAUUAAUUGCAGUAAUAGCUUACCCAGCUGAUCAAAUAAGAUACAAGUUAUAUAUACAAAAUGGAGAAAUCCGGUAAAGAAAAGCAGAAGCAAUCUUCAAAGGCAAAAAAGUGUUCCUCUUCGUCGACCAAUAUUUGGGAUUGUGGCAGCACACUAUAUGACUCGUUCGAGCUCAACUCCUUCAAACGACAAAUAGACUCAGCGAUAGCUAACUCGCCCAGAACCCUUUCCAUGCCUCAUCUACCUGAAAGUCAUCUUUCACUUCAACCUCAGCCACCAUCCUCCAAUUACAAGUCUUUCAAGUUCUCUCACCCCUUCCAGAAACUCCUUCGUUUUAUUUUCAAAUCUAGUAAUAAAUUUAGGAUUUCUAGAAGUUGUAGCGGCCGUGGUAAUAGUUUCCAAGUGUCAGAGAAAUAUUCCAAAGACCGUUUCUACGUGGUUUAUGAUAAGUCCGAGGCUGUUCUCUCCACAAUCCCGGAAGUUCCAGAGUUUGAGAUCGGUGGUCUUUCGCCGGAGAUCAGUUCCUUGGUCAGAAAGUCAGCGUCGGAGCGUUUUACGGCGCCCACCACUGUCGGUAUUUCGUGUGCUUAAUUCAAUUGUCUCGGUCUUUAUAGAUCAAAAUAAUAAUACUGUAUCUACUAAUUAAUUACUGUCAUUGCUGUCAUAACGUAGCAAUU